GCAAAAAAUGGAAAAAUACAUCAAAAAUUAACGUAUCAUUCCUCAUGUCUAUUUUAAUACUUCGUAUGAAGUAUUAUGUUAUUGAUUUGAACAGAAAUCUGAGUAAUUUACCUCCAACCUGGUUAAGGUCUUCAACUCAACUCUAUUGUGUUUUGUGUGCACCAGAAUAACAAAAAAUAUAUGUAACCUCCAUUGUCAUCUCUCUCAAUCGAUCUUUCUGCUUUUCCUAAUUUCCAAGUUUUAGAAAACAUCUUUAUUUAGGUAUGCAUCCAUGAAGCCAUGAAGGAAAAGAAGACUACAUCGACAUUGCAGCGCAUCUUUGUCAAUUGUAGUGCACAGGCAAAGAAUUAUGGAAGCUGUGUUGCAGCAAAGAUUCCAGAAGUUGAACAUAAUAUGUGCGUGAAAGAAUUUUGUGCUCUGAAGUAUUGUAUGCAGAACGUGCUUAAAGGGAAGCCUUAGUGUGGCAAAUUGGACAGUGGGGCAUAUCUGGAAUUGCAAUCAAUAGUUUUGAUAGUUGAUUUAAGAGACCAUUUCAAAGGAGCUAUACGUGAUUGUUGUGUAUACCAAAAUACAUACUUAGGCUCUCAAUUUGUUUCUUUUCCAUAGUGAUCCUUGGUUAUCUUUACACAGCAAGCAGAAUAUUUUAGGGAACAAGAGAGGGCAUAUUAAUAUGAACAGCGAAGCAUCAAGUUCCCAAGCCAGCAUUGGCUUAAGUGGGUCAGGUGCUUUGUCACAUGUUUAUAUUCAGUAUCCCCCCUUGAAAUGCAGCUUCCCAGGUUCAAAGAGCUUAUUCUAUGAUGAUGGGAAUAAGUUAUUGCUAUCCCCAACAUCUGAUCAGGUUAUUUCGUGGAAAAUUGCACCUUUUGAGCCUAAUGUUGAACCUACAUCUGAUUCCGUAAGUGAAGGUCCUGUAUUAUCUGUUCGCUACUCUCUAGAUAAUAAGAUUAUAGCAAUUCAGCGGUCAAUCCAUGAGAUCCACUUUUGGAACAAGGAAAAAGGCAACUCAUUUAGCCACAGGUGUAAGCCCGAGUCAGAGAAGAUACUGGGCUUUUUUUGGACAGAUUCCUCUGCUUGUAAUUUCGUACUUGUAAAGACAAGUGGGCUGGACAUGUUAACUUAUGAUUCUGAAUCACAAAAUAUUCAACUUAUCGAAUCCAAGCGUGUGAAUGUGAAUUGGUACAUCUACACACAUGAAAGUCGUCUUGUUCUCCUUGCUUCAGGGAUGCAAUGCAAGAGUUUUACUGGAUUCCAGCUCUCAUCUGCUGGAAUUAUUCGCUUGCCAAAGUUUGAAAUGCUGAUGGCCAAGUCUGAGGCCAAUAGUAAGCCAAUCCUAGCUGCCCAAGAUGUCCACAUAAUCACGGUUUAUGGAAGAAUAUACUGCUUACAAGUUGAUAGAGUGGCCAUGCUGCUCCAUUGCUAUAGAUUUUAUCGUGAUGCUGUUGUACCACAGGGCUCUUUACCCAUUUAUUCCAGCAAGGUUUCUGUGAGUGUGGUUGAUAAUGUACUGCUGGUUCAUCAAGUGGAUGCAAAGGUUGUCAUACUGUAUGACCUUUUUGCAGAGUCUAGGGCGCCGAUAUCUGCUCCACUUCCUCUGCUUUUAAGGGGCUAUCCUAGAGCAAGUAUGUUUUCUACUUCUAGUCCUUGUAGCAAAGGUGAUGGACGUUCAGAGCCACAACCGGUUGAUGAAGAUGAGACAACAAUUUAUAGAGAUGGAUGGACAUUUUUGAAUCCAGAUCUUAUCUGUGAUACCAGAAGUGGACUAUUGUGGAAAAUCCAUUUGGACUUGGAUUCUAUAUCUGCUAGUAGCUCAGAUGUACCCUCUGUACUGGAAUUUCUUCAGAGACGGAAGUUAGAAGCAAAUAAGGCUAAGCAAUUAUGUUUGGAUUUAGCAAGGACUAUCAUAUUGGAGCAUAGGGAAGUGGGUAUUGUUGCACAAUCAAUGGAUGUUCUUAUGACUUCUUAUUCCCGUGCAAUUAAGACGGGCAGUUACUUUAAGGGGAUAAUAGCUGAUAAAAUCCUUUCUUCUGAUGUCCAACCUGCCCAUAACCCUAGACCUGGCACUGAUGAAUUCUCCAGAGGAGAUUCGAGUGGAGUACCUAUUAAAAUGGACUCCUCUGUGAUCCCUGAUGAAUAUACUAGAUCUUCAACCAUUUCACAUUCAGAUUUAGAGGGAAAGGUUAGUCUGAGUUCAGCUAGAAGUAAACUGGUUGAAGGUGCUCAAAGUUCUGGUACAAGGAUUCAGCAAUCAUCCUUAGAGUCUGAAGUUCCUGGUCCCAGUAGUGUCCCAUUGGAUGCUAAUAAUUUAGAGCAGCAAGAAUCUCAGAUCACCACUGCAGCCAUUUCUCCUGAUGAGCUAUACCGCUUUGUAUUUUCUUCUGUAGAUGAAGAGAUGACUGGGGAUCCUGCUUAUUUGGUUUCUAUCCUUGUUGAGUUCCUUCGCAGUGCUACACUGGAAAGAAUCAGAGUGUAUCCAAGUUUAUAUGUUCUGAUGAUUCAAUUGCUAGCACGAGGUGGGCGAUUUGGAGAACUGGGCUUGUUCGUCAUUGAUAAGAUUAUUGAACCUUCAAAAGAAGUUGCUUAUCAACUACUAGAAUCUGGCCGUCAGCAUCCUCCAACAAGAAAACUUGGAAUGGACAUGCUUAGGCAGCUAUUUUUGCAUCAUGAUUACGUACUGUCACUGCUGCAGGAUGGAUAUUAUCUUGAAGCCUUACGCUAUGCGCGUAAAUAUAAGGUUGUCACGGUCCAGCCAUCUUUGUUUCUUGAAGCAGCCUAUGUCUCAAAUGAUUCUCAACAUCUGGCCUCAGUUUUAAGAUUUUUUUCAGACUUCAUGCCUGGCUUCAAAAACACAUCAGAUCAUGCUACAUAUGGCGAGAUUCUGCGCCAGAUGAAUGCUCCUUACGUAGGUGCUUAGUCGUUGAUGUUUCCUUUAUCAACAAGUAGCCCCUGCAACAGGACAUUUUGAUGUUGAAACUUCAAAUGGUUGAUGAUGCUGUAUUUAUGGUAUACCCAAAACAAAAGCUGAUGACUAUAUAGUAGGUAUAAGCCACAGGCUUUGGUAGAGGAGCACCGGCGCACUGCUCAGUAAAAAUAGAUUGAGUUCAGUAUAAUUACAAAUUUCGUUUUGAGCAAUUGUGUGCUGUGUCACUUUCAGUAUAGGCAUCAGUUAUUCAUAGUUAGUCUCCAGAUCUGGUAAUUCAUACAAAAUUUCACGUUUUUCCUAUGAUUAGGUUUCCUUAGAACUAGAAAUGACAGUAGAUCAUGCCUCACUGAGCCUCUCCUA